AUGGCCGCCCAACUCUCCAACGGGGCGCCCGCCUGGCGUGGUCUCCCGAUAGCAGAGCUCCCCAAGACGUGGACUUACACUUCCUCCCUCCCGCCCGACUCCCUCUUCCCGACCCCGGCCGACUCCCACAAGACCCCGCGCGACCAGAUCGCCCCGCGCGGCGUCCGCAACGCCGCCUUCACAUGGGUUCGGCCCGAAACCGCUGAGGACCCCGAACUCCUCGCCGUCAGCCCAGCCGCAAUGCGCGACAUCGGUAUCAAGGAAGGCGACGAAGAGACGGAGGAGUUCCGCCAGACCGUCGCGGGGAACAGGCUACACGGAUGGGACGAGGAGAAGCUUGAGGGCGGGUACCCGUGGGCGCAGUGCUACGGCGGGUUCCAGUUCGGCCAGUGGGCCGGCCAGCUCGGCGAUGGCCGCGCCAUCUCCCUGUUCGAGACGACGAACCCCGAGUCCAAAGUGCGGUACGAGCUGCAGCUGAAGGGCGCCGGCAUCACGCCGUACUCGCGGUUCGCGGACGGCAAGGCGGUGCUGCGGUCGAGCAUCCGCGAGUUCGUGGUAUCCGAGGCGCUUCAUGCCCUUGGCAUCCCCAGCACGCGCGCUUUAGCCCUGACACUUCUCCCAAAGUCCAAGGUCAGGCGCGAGACUGUCGAGCCCGGUGCCAUUGUGUUGCGCUUUGCCCAGUCGUGGAUCCGCCUCGGAAACUUCGACCUCCCCCGCGCGAGGGGCGACCGCGCCAUGAUCCGUACCCUAGCGACGUACGUGGCCGAAGACGUCUUUGGCGGUUGGGAGACCCUCCCCGCCCGCCUUGCGAGCCCAGACAAGCCGGCCGAGUGCCUCGAGCCCGCCCGCGGCGUGCCUGCGACGGAAGUCCAGGGCCCCGAGGACUCGAGCGAGAACCGCUUCACUCGGCUCUUCCGCGAGGUUGCCCGCCGCAACGCCCUGACGGUCGCCAAGUGGCAGGCCUACGGCUUCAUGAACGGCGUGCUCAACACGGACAACACCUCCGUCGCGGGCCUGAGCAUCGACUUCGGCCCCUUCGCCUUCAUGGACAACUUCGACCCGGCCUACACCCCGAACCACGACGACCACCUCCUGCGGUACAGCUACCGCAACCAGCCGACCAUCAUCUGGUGGAACCUAGUACGCUUCGGUGAGGCGCUGGGCGAGCUGAUCGGCGCCGGUGCCGGCGUGGAUGAGGACGCCUUCGUCAACAACGGCGUCGAGGAAAGCCAGGCCGAGGCUCUCGUGGCCCGGGCGGAGAAGCUCAUCAUGCAGGUCGGUGAGGAAUACAAGGCGCUCUUCAUGGCCGAGUACAAGCGCCUCAUGGCGCAGCGCCUGGGGCUCAAGACCUUCAAGGAGAGCGACUUUGACGAGCUGUUCAGCAAUCUGCUGGACACGAUGGAGUCGCACGAGCUCGACUUCAACCACUUCUUCCGGCGCCUCAGCUCAGUCAAGCUCUCUGACAUCGCGGACGAGGACGCCUGCCGCAAGACGGCUGCGCGCUUCUUCCACGCCGAGGAUGGCGUCGCGGGCGGCGAAGCCAAAGGCCGUGCGGACGUUGGCGCGUGGCUGGGCAAGUGGCGCGCACGCGUCGUCGAGGACUGGGGCGAGGACGACGCCUCACGGGGCGACGCUGAGAGGGAGAAGGCGAUGAAGGCCGUCAACCCCAACUUCGUGCCGCGCGGGUGGGUGCUCGACGAGAUCAUCAAGCGGGUGGAGAAGGACGGCGAGAGGGACGUGUUGCGGCGGGUCAUGCAUAUGGCGCUGCACCCCUUUGAGGACAGCUGGGACGGCAAGGAAAUCGAGGGGCGGCAGUACAAGGGUGACAAGGCGGAGGAGGAGAGGUGGGUUGGGGAUGUGCCCAAGAUGAAGAGAGCUAUCCAGUGCAGCUGCAGCUCAUAG